CGCUUCACUUGUUACUUCUCUUUGAUAUCUUUAUUUAGAUCUAACUAGGCUAGGUCUAGCUAGAUGUGAUGUACCAGUAAAUUGUAACAAUGGCUCCAAAGCGCCGUAAAUUGUCUUUAGAGGAUGGUGAUGCUAGCAUACAGGACGUUAAAAGAUCAGAGAACACUUCAUUGCGGACAGUUGUAAAGCAAUCUAGUAAUUCUGUAGAAGAACAGAAACCAGCCAAUGCCAAUGAUAAAACAUAUCUCGCCAAGGUUGAAUCAUCUUCAGAUCUUAAAGCAAAAGAAGAAUGCCCAAAGCCAUUGAGAAUAAGUGAGAGGCUCAGUAUCAAACGUAAUCGAAUAGGUGAUUUAGAAGAAAUCGAGGGUCAUUUGCAAGCUAAAUCACAGACAACGCCCAAGAAACAAAAUGCAGCCAAGCAGCCAACUAAGAAAGACAGCAAGAAGAAGCCAGUUACCGCCAAACUACAGAGAUCCUGGAAUAAACAAAGAAGUCAGUGGGGUGUUCAGGAUAAAAAAUAUUUUUUCAUUGGUUUGGGAGAGUAUGGUAAAAAUUUUGAAGCGAUUUGUAACAGGAUAUCCCAUGCUGCCAGGUUAUGUGGAUUUCCUGUGAAAGAUAAGAUGCAAGUUCGUUAUUUCUAUUAUAGAACUUGGGCUAAAAUUUCCAAAUUUGUUAAUAUGAAAGAUAGUGGUGUGAAGAUGAAGACACAAGAGCUUUACGGACUCAUUAAUUAUGGGGUGUUGAGGAAUUAUGUCAAAGAAAAUGAUCCCCAGUUUGAAAGAUGUUUGAAUGAAUUAAUCUUCUUGGGUGAAACAAAAUUUAUUUCCAGAGGCAAAAAACAAAAAUUUGGUAAAGUUCGCACUCCUAUCUGUACCUGCUUGAAAAAGCUAAAUAGGAUUGAAGCUUCAACUUCAUCCACCACAAAUAAAUUGCCAAGCCACAUAACACUAGAACUUACUCCGAAAAAUUCCAAAUCGUGGGCAAAAGUUCAAGCCUUGUCACAGAAUCCUAGAGUUCGUCUGAAAGUAACAUGUAACAGGACUCUUGAAUCUGUUUUUAAAUACUUUGAGAAGAAGUGGAAACCCCUUAAACUCAGGCUUAAAGAAGGUUUGGGAGGCUCGGAAGCUCAAAACGAAGAGCUUGUAUUUUUUCUUCAUCCAAGUUGCAAAUUAAAACCUGUGACAUUGAUACCUCAAGAACAGCCAAGAAUUGAUGUGACAUUCAGAAAUUACAGAGAGAAAAUACUUCCUCAACUGUUGAUCAAAAAGAAACAGAGAAGUAGUAAAGAGUCAGAGAGAUUGCCAGAGGAGAAAGACAAACUUCCUGACAAUAUCCCCAUAGAUCCUGGUGGAAGUGUCAAGGCUGAACAGCAGUCCUCCAAGAGUAACUCCGACCCUGCUUUUGACACCAGCAAGGUUAAAAAUGAACCUCCAGCAUUUUCGUGCUUGCUUUCUCUAGCAACCGCACCUAACAACCCCACUAUUACUCACAGCGUUUCUCAAAGUUCUCUGUCAGACACACACAGCAGUACACCAACCCCAUCAGCGGUUCUAAUGGAGGACGAGAACGCCAUGUUUCCAGAUGAUGCCCCCUUUUCACCACCCCCUGUGCCACUUCCCCACGUUUUAAGCUCUCCUGUGAUAAUGUCAUCCCCACCACCCGCUUCUGUGAUAUCCCCGACAACACAACUGAAAAAAAAGUCUGGCAAAACAUCGAAGAAACACCUGCCGUUUGAUGAUCACCCGCCGCUCCCUUCUAUCUGUGAUAAUCCUAUUGGAAGUGAUAAUUCCUCCUCUCCAGUCAAAAAUGAAGGCGCUUCCUCAGUGUCCGCUCAGGAGCUGAAAGAGGAGAGUGAGAAAGAAAUAGUGCGCCUUAAAACUUUAGUAGCAGAAGGCUUUACUCUGAAGAACUCGAACAGUGUUAUCCUUCUUCACUUAAGUAUUCUGCUCGGCAGAGAGAGUGUCAUUAAAAUGGAAUACGAAUGGAAAGAGAAGAAUCCUUCCAAACUUCAUUUGCCACCUCUGCUGUGUCAAGCAACCAACCAAAUGAGCAAUGUCUUGAGACGCUUGUGCAAUAUUGCCACGUUGGAACUAUCUGAUUACAACACUACUACAGACCAAAGUAAGCCUAUAAGUAAAAGUGUUCCCUGCAGUCAUUGUGGAUGGGACACAUCUUGUAAGUCUCGAUUAGGUCGUCGGCAAGUUGCAACCGAAAGGAAAGAGAGAAUGCAAGAUAUUGCUACAAUGACAGAUCCUGUUGUUAGCACAAUGAAUCAUAUUCAAACAUAUCAAGCUUUACCAGGAAUUGUAGCUGGAGCUCGAACUUACGUUGCAGCCCCUCCUUCUGGAUCAAUUCAAAUUAUUGGACCAGAUCCAGUUUUUCGUGUUCCAUUUGUACCCACUUAUAAACCUGUAUUGACUAAAGAGCAACAGAAGCAGCUAGAGGAACAGCAAAGAACAGCUAAAGAAAUAAUGCUACAAGGACCCAAUCCUAGAAGAUUGCUUAAAAAACGAACUAUGUCAAGAAAAACCACUUCAUCUGUACAAAGAGCAUUGGUACCUAAAAUAGAUCCAGGAGGAAUGAGCCCUUACUUACAGCAGCUUCCUAAAUCUGUGGUAGUUAGGAUGGGGCCAGAAGAGAUGGUGAAAUCAGCUCAAGCAGUCAACAUCAUCUGUUCAUCAGCACCUCCUAAAGAACCAGUCACUGAGUUACCCAAAGAUGUGACAGAGUCGCAAGAAGUUCUUUUGUUAUCAACUCUUCCAGCUCCAGAUAAACCUCUGGACUGUUCAUCUGUGUGUUCAAUAAGUAUUUCAGACCAAAACCUCACCAGAACCUCAUCACCUAUCCUGCCAAUGUACACUCUCACUGUAGCCACAACUUCUGCCAACCUUUCUGGCACCUCCUCACCGAAAACAUUAGCACCUCCUCUGACAUCACAGGGCGACGUCAGCAUUUCCGACUUUGGAGACAUUUCCUUAUCAUCUGUAUCUGACUUGGGUCCAGAUGCUGGGGAUAAAUUCCUAGAACUUGUUUUACCUAAAUCUGUGCAAGGUUUUUCUGGAUUGCUCUGUACUCCUACCAAACUGAAAAGUGAUUCAGAUGUGCCAGAUAUGAGUUUUGCCACCCCCGUCCUGCGUACCCCUACACACACUGGAAUCUCAUUAGCUAGCUUUCUCCAAACACCUAUCCUGUUUCCAUCUCCGUUAAAACUUGAUGCUUCCAAUCAGCAGUGGAUAACCUCAGAAUCUGGAGAGAUAUCUCUUAGUGCCAUCCUGGGGGAGUCCUCUUCCUUUAAGACUCAGUCGGAUCCUGUGGCUAUUACCAGCUCCAGUGAGACUAAGUCAACUCCCUCUAGUUUAAGCUAUGCAUUUUUUGAGGACUCUUCGGAUGCUUCAUUUUCUACUUCUUUGAUGUUGAAUAAACAUUCAGAGGUGAAUGACAUCUCCUUGAGUUCUCUCUUAGGAGAUCCUAGUUUUAAAAAGGAAGACUCUCAACAACGAACAUCUCCAACUCUAGCCUCAGGACCUUUGAAGUCCAUCAACCUAUUCUCUGGAGCCCUGGAUGUGGAGAGCAGCUCUCAGCUGUUUGGUGAAGCCUCUCAAGACUCCUUGGUUAAACUUGACGUUGAUGGCUUUGUGAAUGAUGGCAGUUUAGAUUUUGUCAGCAAGUUUGAAUCCAUGGCAGCACAAAUUGCAGAGAAACAUCAUCAAGGGACAAACAUAACUGACAAACCAGACAAAUUGUUAAUCAAUGUGGAACAUGGGAUGGAGACUUGAAAGCUAACUUGUCUUUACUUGUUUAGAUCAGCCUAGAACAUGGACUGGUGACUGCUGGAACUGAGAGCUAAUUCAUUUCUUAACCUUAGUGUAGAUCAGUUUAGAACAUAAGCAGCUGACUGCUGGAACUGAGAGCCAGCUCAUGACUUCAUGAUACUUUUAGAGCCAAGGGAAUUGUGCAAAUUAAUCCAGAACAUACAUUUGUGUAUAUUUGAUUGUUUUUUUAAAAUGUGCAAUGUUAAUAUUAAACUGUAAAUAAUAAAUAUCAAGUAUUAUUGCAAUAUCAGCUGUUUGUUGAAAUCCUUGAAGAAAUAAGACUAAUACUUUAUAUAUUUCUACAUUUAUUUGAAUGAACACAAAGCAUCAUAAUCCUUACCAGGAGACACACAUACAAAAAAACAACAACUAGUAUUUCUAUUUGCUAAGAAUCAUGAGAUUAUUAAUAAAACAAACACUGUAUUGAAUAUAAAGUCCAACCUUAAAAUGCUACUUCUUUAUGUACAUAUGCACAAAAGGGCAUGAACUAUUUACAUUAACAAGGGGGAAAAAAAAUGCUACAACACUAAGAACAUAGGUUUUGAACACAAAAUUUCAGUCAAGAGCACUUGCUUAAUGAAUUCAAUUUCUACAUUUUUAAUGCUUAGCUUUAAAAGUCAAUUUUACUUUUUGCGGCUCCCUAGAGCGGUGUUUCCCAAACUGUGUUCUGCGGAACACUUAAGCCUGAAUAGGUGUUCCAUAAACUUGUGGAAUAAUGAACUAGUAGGUCAAAAAGUGCUCUGCUACACACUCAGAAUGUGUGAAGUAGUCCUUUUAGAAACAAGUUUGGGCAACACUAUAUAUACACA